AUGGGCACCCAGAAAGGCGUGCCACCGACAAAUGGAAAACUCCGACAGAAGUUUCGACUUAGCAGUGCAAGAGAUGAAACGGGGCCGCUGAAGGGUAGCAUCCAUGCGAGGACCGUUACCGUCUCAGACAACCUUCGGCGUGCCAAAGAGACGCCUCGCAUUCUGCACACCCAAGGCAAGGUGGAGCCGACAGCCUUUGAUUGGAACCCGUCAGAGAAUUUCGACGGUGGAGGGGAAUAUGGGGGGGGAGUAUCACGCGAACAUGUUGAUGCUGGAGUCGUUAGAAAGCGUUACGCUGUAUCAGACACGCCAAUGCAUGAAUGGAGGCCGUACAGCCAGGAGUAUCUUAUGGAGAGACUUCGCCUAGAGGGACGUGGAGACGCGGCUGCCCUGCAAGCUUGCCCUACUUGCGGGAUUGAUGAAGCGCCCGAGUACACCUGUGACGAGUGCUUUGAGGGUCUGCUAGAAUGCCGCAGCUGCUUUCUAUCCCGACACCUCCGCAUGCCGCUGCACCGUGCUAAGCGGUGGAGUGGGGCUUACUACGAACGUGUCUCAAUGGCCGACUUGGGCCUGAGUAUACAACUUGGGCACCCUCUUGACCUUGAAUGCGUUAACCCGGAGCCUGGCCAUAAAUCCUUCACUGUGAUCCAUAACAACGGAGUUCAUAUGGUGAAUGUUCGGUUCUGCAAUUGUGAACGGCGCGUGAGCCAUCGCAUACAAAUCCUUCGCGCCAACUGGUGGCCUGCAAGUGUUCAUUAUCCACGAACUUGUGCGACAGUAGAGGUAUUGAAAACAUACCACGUCUUGACGCUCUCAGGCAAGAUAUCGUGCUGGGAAUACUAUCAGUCCCUAGAGCGGAUGACAGACAAUUGCGGCAUCAACAUACCGAAUGCGACUCUCUUGAUUGUUCAGACCAGAUACAAGUCGUUCUUCCUCAUGGUACGCCAAUUCCGAACCGAGAGAAUGUUCAAACGUGGGGGGAGAGGGAGCAUCGAAGGACUGAUGGCUGAUACGGACAAAGGACAACUUGCUCUGAAGUGUCCAGCCUGUCCAGAGCCAGGCGUCAACUUGCCGGAGGGAUGGCAAGCGGCGAUCUCAGAAAAGAGACACCUCUACAGCCUUCUUGUCUCCCUGGACGCCAAUUUUCGCCUGAAAAAUCGUUUACGCUCCUCCGAUGAAGCCGAUCCUGGCCUUGUUACAGGUCUAGCGUACUUUGUCGAGCCUGCGGCAUAUGCCACACAUCUGAAGAAAUACUCAGAGCAGAAAGACACAAGUAAUUGCAGUGGCUUCAAAACCCUGGCAGCCGCUGAGUCCAAGUUUUCAGCUGGAAUGAGAGCGACGGGCGUCGGGAUGUGUGUUUGCUCUCGACACGAGAUGGUCAGGCCUUUGGGGAUUGGAGACCUACAAAAGGGAGAAAGAUACUGCAAUAUGGACUGGAUUCUACUCAGUGCCAUCAACUCAUUCUCCCUUUUUGUGCUCUACAUAAUAUACGACAUCGCCUGCCAAUACAAGAUCCAUUUCAAGGACCGGAUGGCUGCUUUACCCGAGGCAAUGCGACUCCCGGAAGGCCUGGCACCGUACUUUGCGAUUCCGAAGUGUCACUGUCCGGCGCAUAAACAGGAGUGCCAAACUCCUCACUCGCUCAACCUAAUGCCAGGGGUGGGCCGGACAGAUGGAGAAGGAAUUGAACGUGAUUGGGCAGCGCUCAACCCAGUCGCCAACAGUACCAAAGAGAUGGGUCCCGGGGGUCGUCACGAUACCUUAGAUGACCACAUUGCCCAUCACAAUUGGCGAAAGCUAGCAGGUCUUGGAGAUACUUUGCACCGCAGACUCUGGGUUGCAAUCGCCGAGAGCUCACGACAAACAAUACUAUUUCAGGAAUUCACCUCGUCUAUUGAGGUCCGCGACAAGGGGAUUAUCGAGGGGUGGACCAGAAUGGUGAUGGAUUGGGAAGUUGACAAGACGAAGCCAAACCCGUACGAAGUUGCUAAGCAACACUCAGCGAAGUCGCAGAAGGACGUUCGCUUGGAGUUGAUAGAAGAGGAACGGAAGGUUCUGUCGACACACAAGACAACACCAACAACAUUUCUUACCACGUCAAUGGAUAUAGAAGAUGCUCAGCGGAAGGUUCGCAAUGCUCGCAAUCAGCUAGACAUGACCCCAGCACAAGCGGAAGACCUUCAAAAACGUCGCCUUACCAUUCAGCGUUCCCUCACCCGGAUCCGCACUGCACAGCGUAUUUACAUGCCAAUUCUAGUGGCACUCGAUGACGACUCCGAAGAUGAACCAAGCCAACGUGACAUUGAAGACGAGCCUGUCUGGCUUCCAUCAUUACUCAAUACGGACCAGCGAGCGACAUGUUCCUCAGCACUUGUGGAGAAAGAGGAUCGUCUUCGGGAAGCACAGUGCCAUGACGCCCUCGACAGCAUCCGUUCGCUCCAGCGAGGAAAGGCUCAAUAUAUCAUAUACAAGAAUCGCAAUGUCCGAGGCCAGCGGCCAAGUACCAGAGCCCGUGCAUCACUGGAUCGCCUUGAUGAGAAGAUCCAGCUAAAGGCUGCACAGUACCGAGAUGCGCAUCAAGCCCUUGUUAGGCUCCGGGGUACCGGCGACUGGGAGUCAACACUUCGCCCCCUCUCGGAAGAAGAUCUUCGUCCGCCAGCUGCCUUCGACAUUGACGACCCUGACGACACAUAUGGUCCCGAUGGACGUCGGAAAAGCAAAAAGAAGAUGAAGGAGAUUGAGUUGAGGCUUGGGGAGGGGUAUAAACAUACCUCAUGGGUGUGGGCCGCUGGGGCUGCCCUGCCGGAUGACGAGGAUCUGGAAACCAGCGAUAUUAUGGUUCGAGUUGAGUGGGCCAAGGCACGAGCACGUUCCCAGCGUUGGCAAGAAGAAGUUGCCCUGCUCCAAGAAGAAAUGCGGCGUACUCGUGUAUCGCUGCAGGCACGAGCUGAGUGGUGGUCCCAAACUACGCAACCAGUGCCUGGGUCCGAUUUGGCAACUCUCAAAGGUGCGGAGGCCUAUGCAAAACGCCAGGCAGCCGUGUACGUCGCGCUCAAAGACCAUUUCACAUACCUAUGGGAACAGCCACUACGCAAACGGCUACGGACAAAGCCUAUCGCCGUGAUCACGCUCUCCGGAGCCAUUGAGGGCCACGACGACGAGUGUGAAGAAGAUGAGGAGGACACCCAGCCGGCCUCUAAUGAUGCUACCAAAUUCACCCCAUUCACAGCCAGCAACAACCCACAUCCAAGGGGCGAUUCUACCGGUGAACCAACGCUCCCCCCGCCGCCUGACGAUGCUCCCCCGCCACCACGCAACGAUGAUCCCCUGCUGCCGUGUGACGAUGAUCCAGCCGUUUUGUCCCCUACCAUGUCUGCAGAGGGCUCGAGUACCCCCAUGGACUUGGACUAA